GGUUUGUCAAGGGAAGCAGCAGCACAGCGGGGGCUGGCAGUAGUUAGGUUUAGUUAAGACGAAGCUGGUAGACUGUCCUCCUGUCAGAUCGGUUCAGAACCACACAGUGAACUCCAGAGGAAUCAGCUGAAGCGGAGAGACAUGGAGGAGACGGGCGGUGCAAGUGCGUACGGGGCUAAGCUCGCAGGAGGAGGCUUCGACUUCAACAAGUUUAUCCGACAACCGCAAACUAUUGUGCGCCUGCUCAGCUGGAUAUUUGCCAUGGUGGUGUUUGCCUGCAUCACGACAGAGGGAUACAUCAACCCUCUCCACAGUGCCAAAGCAAAGUGCAUCUUCAACCAGAAUGACUCAGCAUGUCAGUACGCUGUUGGUAUCGGGGUGAUUGCCUUCUUGGCAUGUGUGGGCUUCCUGGUGUUGGAUGUUUACGUGCCUUUCAUGAGCAACGCACAGGAAAGGAAGUAUGCUGUCAUGGCAGACCUGGGAUUCUCAGGGGCGUGGACCUUCCUGUGGUUUGUGUGUUUCUGCCUGUUGGCCAGUCAGUGGGGUAGCACUCAUGACGUCAGAGGUGUCCCCAUGGACGCUGCACGCGCCACCGUGGCCUUCUCAUUCUUCUCUAUCGCCACCUGGGGAAUCCUGACCUACUUUGCCCUGGGUCGUUUCCGCCGUGGUGUUAAUGAAGUUACCAUCCCAACCUACGCAGAACCGCCCCUGGAUCACCACACCCCCUACCCUCCAACCUAUGCCCCUACUUCCUACAACCCCACUACCUACACCCCCACCACUUACACAGCCUAUCCCAGCAAUAUGCCCGACAUUCACCAGCAGCCGCCCUUCACCCCAAACCCCCAGCCGCCAGGAGACGCCGGCUACCAGCCGCCCAACUACUGAGACAAAGGGAGGUCGCACACAAAGGGAGGGUGGUGUUCCAGGUCAUCUGUUGGUAGACUGGUUGUAGUUGCACUGCGCAGACCCAGAGCUAUAUCAUAUUGAUGUAGUUUUACAUUUGAUUUAACACAUUUUUCCAAGUGUUGUCAGAUUUGAGAACCUGAGCAGUGCAACUGCAAGUUAGAGAUGAGGGACACAGCGGUUUACGUAACAGUCUGUGUUCAGAUCUUAAGACAUCAGGCUGAUUGUUGAGAUUAGCACUGACGAUUGGGUAAUCUGACCAUAGACCUGUGUGCAAAGACGCAACUUUUACCUCAAAUGGGCUGAUCCUGAAGGGGCGAGGUAGUUGGAAUGUACAGUGUGAGGUCGAGGGUCACGUAAUGUGACGUUAUAAAGAAUACCUGUGACAGCUCCAAUCAGAGAGGAAGAAGCAAACACUUAAUGUUUUCCUCUUUACGCUCUGUUGGAAGCUGAUAUUGUGCAUUUGUACAUAGAUGUCACUAUGCAAAGUUGCCAUUUUAAUGGUUGUAUGUGCCUGAUUUUCUUUUCUUAUUUGCUUUUCUUUUUUCCCCUUUGGUGCAUUUAUGUUUAGGACCUAUAAACAAUUUGGGAAGCAUGAAAUUAAAUGAUUUUGUGGGAGUAGAGUUCAGUGGUAGACGACCACUAUAAAGCCAAAUGUCCCCCUGUGAUUUAGUUUUUUGUAAAAUGUGGGCUCUGUAGAGAUUAUGCAGUUAAGUUCAUAAGCCAUAUAACCAUAAAAUCUCCCUUGAAAGGUUUUGUAAUGUUUGUGCUACAGUAAAAUUGCCCCUGUGUCCCCUACCCUCAACUAGUAGUAUUUCUAAAACCACUCUAAUCAAAAAGUGUUAUUGAUGGUGACAUGAGAAACCAUCAAAACCCACAAUUUCUUUAAAUAAUUAUAUAAAAUUAUAAUUACAAUUUGAAAACGGGGUUUGUGUGCCAAUCUGUAGAGGCGUGUUGCCCUUUUAAACCUGUAGCUAACAUUGAGAUAGACGAGGAAGGAGCAUGUAGAUCACGCAUGUAUUGAAUAUGUUUAUCCUCCGAGCAUGUCCUCAUACUGAAGAGUAACUUAUUAACUACCAGCGGCAAUGCUUCCUCUUCAGCCUGUCAACACAACGGCCUCACACUUCCUCCAAGGCCUUGGUGACAUUUAGUUUUCUGAACACUGAUUUUUAUCUCCUGUUUACAGACUCCUUAAUCUGAACUGUUGAAGGCAGACUGCAGUGGGUAUGUCUUUACCAAUGACAGAUUGACACCUCAGCCUGUCCUUGAAGACUAGUGGUUUACUACGCUUUGUAAAACGUUUGUCAGUUUAACACCUCUGCCUUGAGUCACACUCAAACAUAUUGUCUCAGUGGUGUGAGCUGACUCUAGUUCUGUUAACCCAGAAAUGUAAUUUGGUUAUAUUUAUUAAACAUCAUGCUGGUAUGGUACCACAUUGGAGAUAUUUGUGCUAGUGGAAAGUCAUUGUUAUGUUAGUCCUAUAGAAAACAAGUGCAUAACUUACUGAAGCCAAAUGUAUGAAAAAACACUGCUGAUUUAUCUUUUGUGCGUUAGGGAGAGAAAUUAAACUUUUUAAAGGUUUUUGGGGAAGAAAGUUAAUAAAAUGUGGCACAGUCAAAUAUUGAAGUUAUAUCUAGGUUAAACAGCUGUGUAUCACAGCUGCCCUCACUGCUGUGCCUGAGUGAUUUUCUUUGCAAAAAUUGAUUUUCAUGCUCUGGAAAUUCAUUCAAAUCUGCUCUUCAGUGAGCAUUUAUAACCAGUGUACACUUCUGAUGGUGAAGACUGCAGCCCAUAAUUACCCUACUUGAAUUGUGCCACUGAUUUCUAAAUUGUGCCUCUAAACUGUGUCCCAUUAUAGUAUUGUACCAUUAACACAUGGCUACAUUCUGAUAUGUAAGCUUGGUUUAAUGUAUGUUUUGUAGCACACAUUGAAUUCUUUGCAAAUUAUUUGUUAGAUUCUUUUAUAUUUCAUCAAGCUUCAUGUUUUAGAUGUGAGGAGAGUGGAAUGAUUUGAAUAAUUAUGCCUACAAAUGUACAAAAUAUUGCUCAGAUUCUGGUUGGCUUGAGUUGUGUUUCUAUUGUUUCCAAGUACUUUUAUUUGACCACUGAGUUGUGAAAUUGCCUUUUGAUUUUGUCGUAUUAUAAUUUCAUGUCAUGUGUCAGAAGCACAGCAGCUUUUACUUGAGGCCUUUUGUUUAUGGAAUAAAGUCAUUCACAGGA